UUCUUCUGAAUUGAUUCCUCAUCCUGCGUACAAAACUUGUGAGGUGUUUCCAUGAAGCAAAUAGCAAAUCUUUCCUUGCCUCGUUUAUGUUGAAGCAAGGAACUUGCUAAGGGAAUCCAAAUCUCUUGGUCCACGUGCCCAGUGUGUUGUCCUUCAGAUAUUCCAUCUCCUGUUCUGGAAUUUCAUUUCCAAAGACUUGCACAAGACUUGGAUUUGCAUUUGGAGCACUGUAGGCACGUUGUCAGCACUACACAGGUGUCAGCACUAAGCAGAUGUGUACUCUACCCUCGGUUAGUCCCUGCAGAACCAGUGUUGGUGUGCUUUAUACUGCUUUGAAUUUGGAGUCCUUUAGGGCUUUCCAUAGUUGAUUGUAUCUGUGAUGGUAAAUGGAAAGUUCCACUCAGUCUUGUCUGGUUGCAUUUAGAGUGAUGUGAGAUGGUAUGUUUGCAGUGGGGUUUUUCUUCAGCUAAGAGUGUUUGGGUAAAGUGAGCAGUAGAUGUCCUCUGUGGGACAUCGUGUUCUGUCCUUAUCUAAAUGCAAGUAAAACUGUUGCGGCUUUCUCACCUCAUUGUGAAAGCAGUGAUGUGUGUUGCCUCUGCUGUUGUGCAUUAACUUGAAAGUGAAGUUCUCUGCAUAUGUAAAUAUUCUGGGUUGUUUUGUCUGCAGAUGGCAUAUCUCUAGGGAAGGAGGAGGGAGGUUUAAGUUCUAACAGGAAAAGUUCAAACUGGUGGACAAGGUUAGUUAACACGAAGAGCUCAACGCUGAAGGAAUGAGGAGUGAGACAAGUGUUGUCCUCAGAAUGCCAGGCUGAGGGCAGUGUGUGCAAGCACAGUGCACGUGCAGCUGAUGCUGUACCAGGCAACUGGGAGAAGCGCUGCAUGUUCUUCACAAGAGAGAAAAGUGGACAAAAAUCUGAUGUGAUGUUAAACAGUCUUCAAGAUGCAUCACUAAAGUCAAUCAGCUUAAGUACAGGGUUGCCACAUAAUGCAGUCAAUUUCAGGUUCUGGUACCUUAGAACUGUUUUCUCCUUCACUCUUUCGAGUACCUCUUCAUAUUAAUUCCCACCUAGGCUUGUGGGUAACAGCAGUACCUCUGUAAAAUGGUCUUGUCCUGGAAUGACUUGUACACAUGGUUAGCUACUGCCUCCUCAGUUUGGUUCUAAAUUAUUACUUACCCCUAUUCAGUCUCAAACCAGAUUCAAAGUGAUAGCAAUUGGAAACUGUUCAUCUUCUGUUUUGCUAAUGGAGAGGUUAUCCUGUUCUGUGUGUAACAAUCAUAACUUACACUCCCAUCUUUGUAUUUCUUGGGGAAUGAUUUCUCAGUUAAUUUAACUAAGCUGUGGGGAUUAGAUUUGUGAGUGCUCCUAGGGACGUGAGAAAUAUCCAGGGGGGAGUGUUCAGCCAUGUGACGUGUGAAAUACCAAAGGGGCAGGCUGGAAGGUUUCUCUCCAGCCAAAUAGUAAACUUCAGAGAAAAAGGAAGCGGGAAUGUAAGCAAACCUGAGCGAGUGAGUGUGGAGCUCUGUGGCUGGCAAUUAAUAAAGCGGAGAGAAUGAAUGAACCAGAGGUCCAAGAUUUCCAUACAUCUGACCUCAGGAAGCCUACACUGAAGAAAGUGAAUGUUUGGCCAGGCGCUGGAAGGAGAAGCAGUAGCUCUAGAGCUUCCUUUUCUUGCCCAUGUGUCUGUCUUUGUCUCUGCUUGUUCUGCUGCGUAGGCAGUGUCCUAGGGCAUCCUCAAUGCCUGGAUUAUGGGCCACCUUUCCAGCCUCCUUUCCACCUGGAGUUCUGCUCUGCCUAUGAAAACUUUGGCUGCUGUGACCGGGAGAGAGACAAUAGCAUUGCAGCAAAAUACCAUGAGAUCCUGGAUUAUAUUGAUCCUCGGGGGCAUAAGCUGUGUGGAACAUAUAUCAAAGAUAUUCUCUGUCAGGAAUGUUCUCCGUAUGCUGCACAUCUCUAUGAUGCUGAAAACCCAAGGACGCCUCUCAGAAACCUUCCAGGACUUUGUUUCGACUACUGCUCUGAGUUUCAUUUCAGUUGCCGCUCUGCCAUCAGCUUGCUCACCAGUGAUAAGCACAUUCAAGAAUGCUGUGAGACCAAUAAGACUCGCUUCUGCAACCUCCUUCGCCUGCAUGACGAGGACUAUUGCUUCCCCAACGUGCUGAGGAACACGGCCCUCAACCGCAACCUGGGCUCAGUGGUGGAGGACCGCAGGGGCUGCCUCCAGCUCUGCCUUACCGAGGUUGCCAAUGGCCUGAGGAACCCGGUCCUCAUGCUGCAUGCCAACGACCAGACCCACCGUAUGUUUGUAGCUGAGCAGGUGGGGAUCAUCUGGGUCUACCUACCUGAUGGCAGCCGGCUGGAGGAGCCAUUUUUGGAUAUUAAAAGUAUCGUGCUGGCAACGCCGUGGAUAGGGGAUGAAAGAGGCUUUUUGGGGAUGGCUUUCCACCCCAACUACAAGAACAAUGGGAAAUUUUACAUCUAUUAUUCAUAUAUGGAUAAGAAGCAAGUGGAAAAAAUCAGAAUCAGUGAAUUGAAGGUUUUGGCCUCUGAUGCCAACAGAGCAGAUCCACACUCAGAAAGGAAUCUUUUGGAACUUGAAGAACCAGCUGCAAAUCAUAAUGGUGGGCAACUGCUCUUUGGUGUGGAUGGCUAUCUGUAUCUAUUCAUAGGGGAUGGAGGGAAAGCUGGAGACCCUUUUGGGAAAUUUGGGAAUGCUCAGAACAAGAGUGUUUUGCUGGGGAAAGUCUUGAGGAUUGAUGUGGAUGGAAGAGGUCCUGAUGGCAAGCCAUAUCGCAUCCCUCCUGAUAACCCUUUUGUGUCUGAUCUCAAGGCUCGCCCUGAGGUUUAUGCUUAUGGGGUCAGGAAUAUGUGGCGCUGUGCGGUUGACCGGGGGGAUCCUGUCACAAAGAAGGGAAGAGGGAGGAUAUUCUGUGGGGACGUUGGACAGAACAGGUUUGAAGAAGUCGACAUAAUUGUUAAAGGAGGAAACUAUGGCUGGAGAGCGAAAGAGGGAUUUGAAUGCUAUGACACAAAGCUUUGCCAUAAUUCCUCCUUGGAUGAUAUUCUUCCAAUAUUUGCUUAUGGCCGCAAUGUGGGCAAGUCUGUCACUGGAGGUUAUGUGUACAGAGGAUGUGAAUCGCCCAACCUGAAUGGCCUCUAUAUCUUCGGUGAUUUCAUGAAUGGUCGACUUAUGGCUUUACGGGAAGAUGAGAAGACAAAUAAGUGGAAGAAGCAAGAUAUCUGCAUUGGCAGCACAAAAGCUUGUGCUUUCCCUGGGAUGAUCAGAUCUUACAGUAAAUUCAUCAUCUCAUUUGCUGAGGAUGAAGCAGGUGAGCUGUAUUUUAUGUCCACUUCUUAUCCCAGUGCCUAUGCGCCACAUGGAUCUCUUUACAAGUUUGUUGAUCCUGCAAGGCGAGCUCCACCAGGGAAAUGUAAAUACAAGCCUGUAACAGUGAAAAUAAAGAGCAAACGGAUCGCAUUUGUUCCACGUGCAAAGACUGUCCUUGAGUUCCUUAAUGAACCUUCACCAACCAAGCCCCCAAAAAGGUCUUCCAGCCCCCCUGGAGCUACCCCAACAGCUUCUUCUAAGAAAUCUAAAAAGAUGGCAUCCUCCAAGACAAAAGCAUCGACAGUGAAACCGGCUCUGUCCAAUAAAAAGACACUGAAAACCAGGGCUGAUGGUGAACACAAGGCAAAGCAGAAACAGCAGAAGGUUGCAAGGGUCCCCAGAACAACACCAGCACCAUCUCUGCCGAAAAGGAAGAGCUCCCAGCUAACUGAAGCCAAGAAGCUUCUGCCAAAGAAAGCUGCACAAGCUAAGGGAGAAGUGGGAAGGAGAAGGAAGGAGAGUAGAUGAAGCAGCAGCUUUUGAACCUCAUGGCAAUCCCUCAAACAAGCAAGUUAUAUGUAAGGUGGUGGAACAAAUGCUCUGAAUCCACUCUUUCCUUUGGUUCCUCACUGUUGCUCUCCUUCCUUUCUGUCAGUGUUAGCGGUCUGUAUGUGUUCUAUUAAACCUUAAUGGCAUUAAACCUUAAGUAUUAAACCUUAACUGCAUUUAAAAUA